AUGGCCGAGACACUGGUAGAAACGACGACGACGACGACAUCAUCGUCGUCGACUACCCCGCCUAGUUCUAUACAUGAGACAGCUGCAGCGCCCUUCGAAGAAGUCCGUUUUGAAGAAGCGCCCAAAGAAAGGCGACGACAGAGGCUUCUUCGCGGCAUUCAGAGAAUUUCCUCUUCCCCUUCGCUGGCACAAAUUGGACGCGCACGUUCUUCGAGCUCUCCGUAUAGCACACGGGGCAGUCUGUCAUGUGUCAGUUUAGCAGCAACUUCGCCAUUCGCCCAAUACACCCCUGGGACCUCUACUCCCAGCUACUACUCCAACGGGCAACCGUCCAUUCCUGGCAGUCCGACAGUUGAGUUUCCCGCGUUUGAAGGCAUAGAAACUCGACUCGCCAUUCGAAAGGUUGACAAUGCGUCGACUCCCUGUUUGACCCCGGCCACCGUUGGCCUACCUCCCGAGCUCAAGACACGAUCCCGAUCCGGCACGGCUCGCAAGCCCCUGUACGACUUUUGGGCAAAUAUGCCUGACGAAAUCCGGUUACAUAUAUUUUCGUAUCUUCACCCGAAAGAGCUUGUAAGGGCUUCUCGCGUGAGCAAGGAGUUUCACACCUACUGCUUUGAUGGCCAACUGUGGACGAUGCUCGAUGCCUCGGACUUUCAUCAGGACAUCCCGGCCGAAUCUCUGGCUAAAAUCAUUGUGGCUGCCGGUCCGUUUGUUAAAGAUCUAAACCUGCGUGGGUGCAUCCAAGUCGAGCAUUAUAAGAGGGCCGAGGUCCUUGCCAAGGCUUGUAGAAACCUGAUCAACGCAACGCUGGAGGGCUGCCGCAACUUUCAAAAGUCAACACUUCACAGCCUCAUCAAAGCCAACGAAAAGCUGGCCAAUCUGAACCUCACCGGGUUGCCUGCUGUGUCCAACAGCACUUGCAAGAUCAUCUCCCAACACUGCCCGCAGCUGGAGACAUUCAACGUUUCUUGGUGCAAGCACAUGGACGCACGUGGAGUCAAGAUGGUUAUCCUCGGCUGUCCCAAACUCAGGGAUGUGCGAGCCGGCGAAAUCAAGGGUUUCGACAGUCUUGAUGUUGCUAAGGCCAUAUUUGAGACCAACCGUCUGGAGAGGUUGGUCUUGAAUGGCUGUGUCGAUCUCACAGACGAUGCUCUGAAGGUCAUGAUUCACGGCGUCGAUCCCCAAAUCGACAUUCUGUCAAACAGGCCUAUUGUGCCAGCUAGGAAGCUGCGGCACCUCAAUCUCAGUCGGUGUCGUCACCUCACCAAUCGGGGUAUUGAAACGCUCGGUUACAUGGUCCCUGACCUAGAAGGCCUGCAGCUGAGUGGGUGUUCGCAGGUGACAGAUUCAGCGCUCGAGCCUAUACUUGCUAGCGCACCGCGCCUUACUCACCUGGAGCUGGAGGACUUGUCAGAGCUUACCAAUGACCUUCUAUCUCAGCAUUUGGCUAAGGCACCUUGCGCUUCGACAUUGGAACAUCUGUCUGUCAGCUACUGCGAGAACCUCAGCGACACGGGCAUGCUUCCUGUUAUCAAAAGCUGUGUGAGCCUCCAGAGUGUUGAUAUGGAUAACACCCGCAUUGGGGACCUUGUUCUGGCGGAAGCAGCCGCCAUGGUCCGGUCUCGUGCCAGCCGCACCUCAUGUCGGGAUUCACGGCCACGGAUUGGCCUUCGCCUGGUUGUAUAUGAUUGCCAGAUGAUCACGUGGACGGGUAUCCGCGAAGUGCUUUCGUGGAAUGCCGAGAUCAGACAACCCUCUGGUAACUCGACUACAUACCCCACGGAGAUCAUCGGGCUUAAGUGCUUCUACGGUUGGCAGCAGACUGUUGACCAGCAUACCCAGCGAGUCCUGCGAGGGGACUUCGCCUCGGCAGGACGCUUGGAGCGAAAGUGGGCAGACUACAUGCAAGCGAUCGAGGAGGCGGGCGUGACGGGAGCGGGCUACCGCCGGAGGAGACGCAGAGCACGGGAGGCCCAGAUGUUGCAUGCGGAUGAGGAAGAGGGAGGCACGGGCGCAGGACGGCGCCGGGCAAGAACGGUAGCAUCAUCCUGCGCGAUCAUGUGA